AUCAAAUCUUUAUCGUUAUCGACCAUAAAAAAUAUUAAAUGUCGAUAUUUCAUUUUAUUUAUGUUUUAUUUCAUUUUUUUAUUCUGUUUCAUGCAUUUUUUUAAGUUUAUUUAAUGGCAGAUUUUCACUGUGACAACUUACCCCAUAUGGUGUGUUUAAAUUGACUGACAGUGUUCUCCGUUCUCCCCUAUUUUAUUUGGCAGCUCGAGGCUCCAAGGAUGCGCUUCACAACUUCUUCACUUUGCAUUAGUUUUCUUUUCAAUUUUAACAUGUAUGCGUCCCCAGUCACCACGAAUUGAACAUACAUAGGUCUGUCAGAAGAGCGCGAGAGAGCAGCGUUAUCCUAAUGCAGUGUUUGCGAUCUGCCCGACGCGUUUCCCGCAUGGCUGAGCCACUGACGCGUCACGUUGCGCGUUCUAUUAAAUGUAUAAUGCGAUUUCAUUCCCGUUGUCAAUUCCUCAACCUGUAUUCACGCGCUCGCAAAUGUUCUUAAGGUGAAAUUACGUCAUUCUAGGUGGAAACAAAGACGAGUUGAGCUCUCUGAGCUCCAUCAGAUGGAGAGAGAGCAGCUCCCUCGCCAAACUCCCCCUGCAAUCCGGAUGGGAUACAGAUGAAGAGAGGCCAUUCCAUAGCAUUCCCAAUGGUCAGGAGGACGCGGGGAUAUGAUGUUGAUGCAUGUGCCGUGCAACUGCAAAGAAAUGUCUGUGGAUUAAUAAUGCACUUCUGAGUUAAACGUCCCUGUCCAGUUUUUUUUUUCCACUGUCGAUCCAGAGGACAGCAGAUGGGACCGUUGAAUAGACUGGAGGGACCAGUGCAGUGGGGCACAAACACAUAGGCUGUCCUUUCUUCACAAAAUCAAGAAUCAAAACAGCAAUGGAUGCCAUGCCAGAGUAUUCCCUCUUUCUUGUGAGGAUUUUGGAGGAGUUGGAUACCAAGUACAGUACAGUUUCGUACCAAGACCUUUGCAAGUCCUUGUGUGCUAGGUUUGACUUGGUCCAUUUGGCUAAGCUGAGGAGUUUGCUAUUCUACACAGCAUGUUUGGAUCCAGCUUUCCCUGCAACCUUAUUCAAAGACAAGAUGAGGUGCUCGGUGGAGGACCAACAGUCCAAGAAGCUCAUGGUUGCUGCGGACAUUGUCACCAUGUUUAAUCUCAUCCAGAUGAAUGGAGGAAUGGCCAAAGACAAGCUGCCAAUGGGUCCGAGACCCAAGUUUCACAAGAACCAAUCCUUUGAGUCCUGUCGAUCUGACACAGAUGUGUAUAAAUUCAACGACAAUGACAGGGUGUACAACCUCUUGGACACCAGGGGUCAUCACAUCUCACGCAAGUCACCCUGCCCAAAGUCUGACUGCAACAACUGCCAGCAGUUUAUACCAACCUCAGACCCCAACUUCCUCUUGGGAGUCACCAAGGAUUUGAAAUGUAGGGCAGCAUCUCUGGAUAAACUACAGCAUCUGCCACAGUACGCCAGCGUCAGUCCUCCUCCGUGCGAGAUGCAGAGCACUUACUUCCCCAUGGACAUCGACAGCGAGUCUACAACGGACCAGGAAUCUCUCCAUGUCAACCCAGGGAUAGAACCUUUCACCGUGCACUCGUGUGUGAAAAAGCGGAAUAUCUUCAAAGAGGAUUUUCACAACCUUGUUGCCUUUUCGCCCCAUGUGAUCACCACGGAGUGCAGAGCGAAUCCCAAAGCUGGUGGCGAUUACCACCACAGGAGGGAGCUGAGCAAGCCUCCCACUUUCUUCAAUCACAGUUUUGAGCUGCCGUACAGCAACCCAUACUUUGAACCCAUCAGCUCACCCAUCCAGAACAAAGGGCGGGUGAAGCAUGAGAGCCUGGACGACUUGCAAGCAUCCACCUACUUUGGACCUACAACAGUUUCUGAAUGCGUGAGCAGCAGGAGGACUUCUAGCAAGCAUGGCAAACAACCAGCCUGGCCUGUCAAGAGUUUGAGUCUCAAUACCGAAGAAGGUCCUGACUUUGAGAGGUCCUUCUUGAAUGGAAAAUUGGCAAAGGACAAUCAUCGUCAUAACAUGGAAAACGACCAACACUUUCAGUGUGCAAAAGACAAGCCCACUGCCUCUCCCUCAGGUUUCUCCAAGAAGUCAAAUGGAACCAAAACAAAAGACAUGGCUUCUGUGGCUUGCGGACCGAGUGUUGAGAAAAGAGAGGGUGGGAAAAGGUACAAGGACAAGAGCAUCAACUGUCCAUCAUUUCAGUCAAGUAAUGUGGACAAUGGCAUGAGUGUUGGGACCCAGACGGAACAAUCCGAACCUAGGAAAGUGAAAGAUUACCCUGCUCACCACAAAUAUGGAGAGAGGCCUCCAUUCAAACACUCAGACGAAGACUCAGAGAUUGUCAGCGACGAUAUCAGCGAUAUCUUUCGCUUUCUGGAUGACAUGAGUGUGUGUGGAUCUCUUGGAGUUGUGCAGUCAUCGUGCUACAACAGCAACGGCUCGCUGUCUCAGGUGACUAAAUCAGAUGGGGACAGCUCACCUGAACACAACACUAUCAAGCUGGGCAAAACCAGCAUCAAACUUGACCGCCUCUUUCAGUCACUGGAGAGCUCUGAUGAUGAGCUCAAAGAAAGCGUCUGCAAACUGGUACUCAGGAUUGGAGAGAUUGAGAAGAAGCUUGAGUCUCUUUCGGGUGUGCGAGGAGAGAUCUCUCAGGUCCUCUCGAAGCUUACUAAGCUGGAUGAGAAGAUUCAAGAACCGGAGGCUAAUGGGAAAUCAAGUGAUAACGGUGUGGUGGAGCAGAUUAAGACUGAUGCGAACCUCUCGCCUCACGUUUUCCAGUGUCACACCACUGGACACAACAUGAAGGUGGAAAAAAGUCCAGAAUGGACUUGCUGCCCGGAGGCUGAUGGGAGCGAAAGCUUGAGGGUAAAAGCUUUAAAGAAAAGCGUAUUCACACGCAGGUCGUCCAGAUCGCUAACCGAGGAGAACAGCGCCACUGAGUCCAAAGUGGCCAGCAUCACCAACUCACCUCGAGACUGGAGGACUGUUUCUUACUCCAGUCACACAGGGGAAGAAGGGAAAGAAAGAGACCGGCACAGUGAAGGCAAGGACAGACAUAGGAAAUCCAGAGAGACAGAUCGACAGUAUGACGCCCACCAGGCCCACCGUUCCUCAAAGCCGCACAAGGACUCCUACCUGGUGGAGCAGGUGUUCAGCCCACACCACUUCCCUCCCGCGGUCAAGUCUCACGUGAAGGGCAGUCCUCUCUAUACGGACCUGCGCCUGACCGGCCUCGCCGACGCCAAGCGUUCCCAGCCCUCCUGGACCAUUGAAGAGUACAAACGCAACUCAGGAGACAAGAACAAGCUCAGUGCCUUGGACCUGCAGGUCCAGGAGUCACUCAACCCCAACAAUCUGGAGUACUGGAUGGAGGACAUCUACACGCCGGGCUACGAUUCGCUGCUGAAGCGCAAGGAGGCGGAGUUUCGCAGAGCAAAGGCGUGUAAAAUUGGAGCGCUGAUCGCUGCGGCCGCCUGCACUGUGAUACUGGUCAUCGUAGUGCCCAUUUGCACCAUGAAGUCUUGAGGUUUCUAUCUGUUUUUUUUUUUCUGUCAGAUGGUGUUUGUAUCACUGUAUUCUUUACUGGUGUUGCACAGACGCUGGGACAAACAUGGGACUUCAUUUGUGGAGGUCUGUAAUUAUGUCUGAUUUCAGCCACCGGCCUUAGACUUUCUUGGAAUGUCAAUCGAAAUAUAUCACAACAAAGAGUUAAGGAUUGCAAUUUGACAUUUGUCUUUUUUAUUUACAGUAGUCAAUAUUUAUAACUUGAAUAAAUGAUUUGUUAUGUAGUAGAUGGCCUUGCUUAAAGGCUCAGAGAUGCACCCUUGUUUUAUAGUCAAAUAUAUAAUAUACCGAUACGUUUUAUGUAUGUUUUUUUUUUUUCCUGGUAUUGCAAUAGAAACUAAAGGGAAAGCUUUAUGUUUAAGCGCAUUCUAUUUUUUACUUUACUAUGAUUAUGAGAAUUUUAACGAGAGUUAUUUUUUGAUGACUACACCGACAGAAUGUUUUAAAGAAUGAGUUGGAUUUAUCUUUGGAAAUCACUCGAAUGUUUGGGCUUGUGCAAUGCCUUUUUAUAAGGAAUAUAUAUAUUCAGAUAGCUCAAAUAUAAUUCAUGUUUGCAUUCAAUGAAACCACAUCUGAACUGAAUAGUUCACCCAAAAAUUGAAAAUAAUGAUACAAUUUUUUGGUGAAUUAUUCCUUAAUGUUAGGGGUUUUGAUUGUGAAGACAGUACAUUUACUCUAUUAAUGAUGUUUAUUCAUAUUGACAUGCGACUUUAUUUCCUUCGGAUUUGCUCUGUAUUAAUGUGCCAAUACAGCACUUCAAAAUCAACUAUAUCACAUAGCUGCUUUCUCUUUGAUUGUCAUAAUUUUUUGCCUUGUUAUAUCAUAACUAAUUGUAAUAUACUUGAAUUGCCAAAUCACUUUCAACUAGCUCAGUUUUUCUCUGAAAGUCGAAUGUUUUUCUUGCACUUAUUUAUCAGACAGGUGUUUUAAGCAUUGAAAAUUGGACCUGACAACAAAAACUUCCCUUAAUGAUGUUCACUUUUGACACUUUUUACACUCGUAGUAGGAGUGAUACUUCUGAGAAGUCAAGAUGUAGGACCAUGAGUGAAAACUGCCUGUUAGUCAGAAACAAUAUUUCCGCUAUUACACUCAGAUGCUGUUCCAAAACUAAUGAGCUGCCUUGCUUGUCUACCGCCUACAUAGGCAGCUACCUUCAAAGGCAGCAUCCUGAAAUAGAACCUUAGUGACUGAUCUAGUUCAUCUGUAAAUGCUACAUAACUACGUAAUCAGCUCACUGGUUUUUGGAACAAAUCCUGAACAAAAACAGAAAAAAAAUUGUGCCAACUGAUAUGUGCAGGUUUUUCUUUUAUCACAAAUCUGUGAAUGUCAUAAAGAUAGAGUGCUGCAGGAAUGAGUUCUAAAACCCAGAAAUGAGUUUACAUUUUUUUUGCACUUCUGGUUCCAUCAUCUUGAAGUCAAUAGGUUUUUUGAAUGGGUUUUUGGUUAAAGGCCUGAAAUAAGGUCUGUGGUUAACAGAAGCUCAAAAUAUUUUCACAUUUUAUUCUACAACAUAAAAUACAUCUGUAAUACCGCACUUGUGUUUUUUAAGCUUUCAUGUGUCUUGAAAAGGGUGGUUUAUAAUAAGUGGUUAACCUAUAGAGGUUAUCAGGACGGGUAAGCAUUAUCAUGCCGAACAGGUAAACUCAUCUACUCACUAGUCCUCUUUUACAGCCUCGUUUGUGUUUAUAAUCAUGCUCUUGCAAAUUCUUCUAACUCAAACCUUCCCAUUUUUAAGACUGGAAGAGUUGUUGGAAGCUUAAUGAUGGUGACGUAACGUAAGUCUUGCGACUGUGGUGUAGUUCGUUUAUGGCCUAAGUUUAGCUUUUUAUUUCUGAUGAUUGUAUUUAUUCUUCAAAAUUCCUCAAAGCUGUGUUCAAGAUUAUCUUGAACAACAUGUGUAGAAUCAUAAACUUUUGUUUGUCACAGAGCUUAUUUUCUGUAGUAAUCCAAAAGCCAAUGGGAAAAUACUAACUUCUGUGCUGGCACACAAAAUACAUCAUCACUGCAGCGCUCUAUGACUUCUGUAUGCUAAUAGUAUAACGGUGCAUUUCUUGUACCCCUUCAAAAAUCAAUGGUCUGUCUUUAUAGUCUGUUGAAAUAGGGUCCAUGAAAUUUAAAGGUGGAGUGUGUAAUUUUUUUUCUCUUACGAUACUUUUAUCCUAUAUUAAGUAGAACCAGAAGUAAACAGUUCGUAGAUUCAUUGCACUGAAAAGUGCAAAAGGAUUCAUGGGAGUGUUUGGGAAACCUGUUUGGUACCACUAGUGCCAUAGAAAUUACACACUUCAUCUAUAAGAGAAAUUUAAUUUGCACAUAAGAAUGACGUUAAUAGAAUAAUGCAUUCUACGUGUGGGAAUUUACAACUAAUACUUUUGAUCUUAUGAUUGUUCUUGAGAGUACUGCAACAGCAUUGUUUUUGACAAUGAACAGAUUUUAAAAUAUACACAUUUAUAUCCCUAUUACCACUGUAGUUUUGCAAUGUUAUACUCAGAGACUUAUGUGGGUAAUUCACCAAAUAAUGAUGCUUCUGUCAUUUAUUUACUCCCCUCAUGUCAAUCCAAACCCAUAUGCUGAUAUUUAAAUUCUGAAGUGAUAUGAUGGCAUUGUUUAGGGAGAAGGCUAUGACUGUAACCUUGACUUCCUGACAAGGGAACGAGAUACUGUGUCAUUGUAUCGAUGCUUUGGGAACGCCUCUGCGUCAUUGCAUCUGAAGCACGUGUGUGAAAUCAGGUACUCUAAUGCGGCUUGCAGGCCACAGCCUCAAGGCAUCUCGGAGGAUACGUGUCAUGCGGCUUGCAGGCCACAGCCUCAAGGCAUCUCGGAGGAUACGUGUCACCCGCGGGUUUCUUCCCAGGGAUUCACCACCCAAAGACACAUAGUAAGUAGCUAUGGCUGCCACAUGCACCUUCAGAGUGGAAGAGGAUAACCCUGCUGAAAACUGAUCUUGCAGGAACUCCAGCACUGUACCACUUCAAGGCAUACAGCUUCCUCGUGGAGGGAGCUCUGGAGUGAAUUAUGGUCUCAACAACCACAGUUGAGAGACUGGAUUGUAGGAGUUGGGCCCCCUUAGAGACCAAACCCACAGCUUCCACAACUCUUUGUGGGGGUGAAGGAUUGACCCCCCUGUCUGAGACAGAAGGUCCCUCCUGACCGGAAUCUCCCACGGAGAGCCAUCAAGGAGAGACACAAGGUCCCAGAACCACACUUGGGCUGGCCAGAAUGGGACUACUAGU